AUUCUUACACGGAGCAACAACUUUACGACGUGGAAUCCUAGCUGUCCUUUAAACUGUUGCCAUGCCCCCAAAGCAAACAUCAGGUACCGGCCGUGGCCGACCAAAAGCCACAACCAAGAAAGCCGCCAAGGCACCAGAACCUGAAUCCGAACCGCAAUCGAGUAACCCAUUUGAGCUCUCAGAUGACGAUAACAACCAAAACAGGACCUCAACGCGCGAAGCACAAGUUGUAGAAGAGGAGGAACCUGAUAAGUCGAUCCCGCCAGAGCUGCUAACACGGCUGCUGCACGAAUUUUUCGCUAAAGAUGCGACGCGGAUAUCAAGGGAUGCAAACGCUGCGGCGUGCAAAUAUUUUGAUGUAUUUGUGAGAGAGGCUAUUGCCAGGGCGGCUGUCGAGAAGGAGGGCGGAUUCCUCGAAGUUGAGGACCUGGAGAAGGCAAUAUCUCCCACCAAGCCUUACAUCUAUCUCAAGCUCAAGAAAGCAAGAACGGAGGAUCAUCCGAUAGAUACAACGGUCGCCUGCAGUCUGGUGUUUCCGACUGCGUCAGCCCAGAUCGUUCAUAUUGGCGUUGGCAAUUACAUCCCCAUCUUGGGCGUCGGUAACUGUUCUCGUACUUUAUUCGAAGCCAGCUUUUCGCCUAAGAAGUUUCAUUAUAUUACGGAUGAGGCACUUCCGAAGCAGACGAACCCCUGGUCGAUCUGCUCCGACACGGUUGGGCCUGGAGCCGAGGCCUAUAGUCACCGAAAAUAUCUGAUUGUCAUGUCCCAGAGCCUUACCAAAGCUAGCCAAGCCAUACCCAGCACUAUUUGUUUCAUUCCUCAACUCUUACAGCAAAGCCUUGUUGAUAGUGUCUCAUACUACGCCUGUCCUAGUGCCCUUCCUUUGCCUCUACCAAAUACCCACAACCCCAAAUCUCUAAUCAUUAUGUAUUUCUCACAAAUUGCUAUUGUUGCCCUUGCGGCUGUUGCUGAAGCCGUCGAUGUCCAAGUCGUCUCGGUUGGCAGAAACUCAGCAACAAAUGCCACUGGCCUCAAGUUCUGGCCUGAAAAGAUCACAGCAGAGCCAGGAACGAUGGUUCAGUUUCAAUUCUGGGCUGGCAACCACACAGUGACGCAGUCUACCUUUGACGACCCUUGUGUUCCUAUCGGCAAUGUUAUGUCAAACGUCACUGGCAUCUACUCUGGCUACCAGCCUGUUGAGGCUAGCAUGUCCAAGGGCAUGAUUCCCACUUACACCAUCAUGGUCAAGGACAAGAAGCCUAUGUGGCUCUUCUGCAGCAAGGCAAAGCACUGUCAGGGUGGAAUGUCGAUGGUUAUCAACGAAAACACAUCUGCCAAUGCUACAAGAUCGCUCAACAACUACAAGAGCCUCUGCAGUUCAGCUACAGUAUCCGAAGUCGUUCCUGUUCAAGGUGGCGGCUCCCCACAAGGUGGAAAUGGUGGUAAUGGCACCAACACAGGCGGUUCUGGCGGUGGCAGCUCUGGAGGUGACGGCUCCGGAGACGAUAGCUCCGACGGCGGCAGUAGCUCCGGCGGCGACAGCUCUGAUGACGGCAGCUCCUCCGGUGACGAUAGUUCCGAUGAUGGAAGCUCUGAUGACGGCUCCGAGGAUGGCUCUGGCACGCCAACUGGCGUCGCGACCCCUGGAGCUACUGGCACUCCCACAGCUGGGUCUUCAGGCGAUCCUGUGGUCACUGCUGCUGCUGCUGAGCUCAAGGCCCCUAUUUCGAUGCUGCUAGCAGUCGGUGCUGCUGCUAUACAUAAUGCUGGGAACAAUUAA